UGCCAAGGUAAGAAGGUUCACUUUUUUGAUAGGCAACUACAAAUACGUUAAAUAAUUCAAACUUCCUAUAAAAAAAUGACAAUUUACAUAACCCCAAAUAACAGGUAAUUGACAUCAGUAGUCUAUCACCUGUUAUGCGACGCCAACUUUUUUGACGAGUUCAUCAUUUCAAUGGAUGCAACAAAUAAUAAAAAUUUUGUGGAGAAGUGAAUGUGAAAACAAGUUUGUAGGAUUGCCGAGGAGGUUAUGUAAACAGAUAAAAUGAUACAUAAUCAUUCGAUUAAACAUUUAGUCUUGAUUACCUUUAAUUAUGUUACGUCGCGAUAAUUUAAUCGCACAUUUGUAGAGGGUGUUUUAGAGACUAUAUCGUAAUUGACGCACAUUUCCACAAUGGUAGACUAUUAUGCAUCUGAACAUAAUGAUGAAUAUGAUAUAUAUGGAAAGACGCCCCCAAGAACAAAAAUUCUUCGAAAACAUAGGGAGAAAAAGCAACGAGAUAAAACAGGAAGUAAAGAUGAAGAUAUAUUCGGCAAUUUUGGAGGGUUAUCAUGUGAUCACAAAUUUUCUCCUCAAGCCAAACUUCGUCGCAAAAGAGUCCGAAAAACACAAUGGCCAAAAAGCAGCAACAUGCCAUCUCCAACAUCCAAAGGCAAGGUGUCCAUCAGCAGGAGGAACACAGUUGGAUAUAUCUAUGAUGAAAUGAUUUCCAAAGCUGACAUGACCGAUUCUGAUCAUGGCGGAAGUGGAGGAUCUAAUAAAAGACUGAGUAAGAGGCAAAUGAAACUUCUUCGUGGCUCUGAAAGGGAUCUCAAACUGGACAUAGCUAGCGCCCAAGCAGCCCAAACUAUGAACAUGAUACAUUUCCCAAAUGCCCCUCCAACACCUCAACCAAGCUUCCAAGUGGAAACCCAAAAGAGGUUCAUGUGUUUAUCAGGCAGAACAAUAUUCAGCAGUAUUAGUAACAGGCAUUCAUAUGAUAGUAAGUUGGAAGAGAAGAAAAAACAAGUGAUUGAAAGUCAAGAUGAUGAAAGCGAUAAAGCAAUAACAACUAGAGUAGAAUUCCAUAGAAACCUAUGUAUCCUGAUCAAAAUAGGGAUUAAUGACAAGCAAGCCGAUAGAAGUACUAAGAGAUGCCCUAGCAGAGAAGAACUUAGAUGGCAUGAAUACAGAGAUGUUAUAUGGUUAGAGCUUAGGGCAUACCACGCUGGUAGAACAGUUAACGAAGAAGAUGAGUUUCUUUGUGAAGCUCGCAAACAAGUUCAAACUCUACUAGAUGACAUAAUGAAUUAUCGAUUUGAACCUAAAAAGUGCCUUAGAUAUCCAAAAGAGCUUCAAACACAGAAUGGCAGAAGGGAAUGUUCAGGAUGUUCAUCCAUUAAUUGUGUUACAUGCCUGGAGGCGCAAACUGAAGCACUGAGGGAGAUAGGAGAGUUGUCACAACGCUUGGAAAAAGCAGAGGCCUUAUUUCCAUCUGGGAAAGCAUUUGCUGAAAUGUAUCCCAUUUACAGAAGCUCAGAGUUUGAAGGCAGAGUUGCUACAAUCAGCUUAUGGGUGAACAUAACUAGAUUACACAGAAUAAAUCUGAUGCUUCUAGGAAGGUUCUUAUUCUUCCUUGAUACUAAAUAUUGCAAUUGGGCCACUCCCGCUGAUAACUCCAAAAAUGGAAGCAGUCUAUCUGAAAGUAGUAGCAGUAGUACAUCAAAUGAUAAUGACUUCAAAAUAGACCCUGAUUACUUGAGUAAUAAUUUUCUCAUCCACCUUAUGAAAAUGACUGAAAAAGAAGAUUCUUCACCUUAUCGCAAGUAUAUUGAAAAUGUGCUCAAAACUCAGGCUUUGAAAAAAAGCGUGAAUUUUCUGGAAAAAUUGCAUGUUCAAGUACUGAAUAAGGCUUUGCUCACGUUGGAGAAACCAAAAAAUGGAGAUGUAUUCACUAACAUUUCCUUAUCAAAUGAGCAAAAUGAAUUGAGAAGAUAUGGAGCGUGGAGUCCUGAAGCUCAAGCUAUCAACUUACCUUCUUAUCGUGCUGCUUUUCUGUUCCUAGCUGCUGUUCCUUUGGAAGUUAUUCAUCAGUUCAUGAAAUUAAGAUUAGAACAAAGACCAUCAAAUCCGUCUCCUUUGAGUGUUCGUCAAUUGAUGAGAGAAUGGAAGGAAGGUCUUAAUAUUGCAAUGAUACAGAGGAACAGGGCCGAGAAGUACAUUUCUGGAGUCGGACAAUCUACAGACUUAUCCAUCGACGGAUAUGUAUCUAAACUGAAAAAUUUUGAUGAAUGCAUGGAGCAAUUUUUUAUGGCUUAUCUGGAGUAUCUAGAAAAUUGGGCGCUGCUAGAACAUGAAACUUUUCAGAAAAACCUUUUGGAGGACGAAUGGGACUAUUGCUGUGAAAUAAUUCAGUGUAUACCAAACAAGAAAAAGGCCUUAGAACAAAAAUUUUGUGAGAUACUCAGUUCUAUACUGAGGAAUAUAUCGCAAAGGCUGGUGGAGAAAGUUGAGGAAAUAGUAAAUUCUGUUCAAGACGAAGAAUAUGAAAUUAAGUACAACAUUUUGUAUGUGUGUCGUACACUCCAAACUCUACUAAAUGAAGAGAGGGAAAUGAGCAUCAAAACGCUUUCUUUAUGUAAGAAAAUAUUCAAACAUGAUUUCGAUUUCAGUAAUGAGGUUGUGUGGAGUGUGAAGGAAGCUGUAUUCAGAUUCAAGUGCAUAGUACCAGAAGUCAUAAAAAAAAUACAAUCAAUGUUUGAUAUUAUCGAUGGUACUAUAGAUGAUGCUGAAAGAAUAACACUAGUUAAUCGAGUGAGAGAAAUUUUAAUGCAAGCAUACAAGAUUGGCUUCGAAUUUUACAGAGAAAUGACAGAUUUCGUACCAGAACAUAGGAGAAGGGAUCUUGUGUUGACUUUGGUUUAUUUUGCGAACUUGUGGAUGAAAUUCGUUGUGGAAAAGUGCGAAAGAGGUCGAGGAGUACGACCUAGGUGGGCCAUGAAAGGUCUAGAAUUUCUUGUGGCAGUUGUCGAACCAAAGAAUACCAAGUACUUAAACCAGAAUGAAUUUGACCAGUUGAAGACUGCCAUGGACCGGUGUAUUUCUCAUGUUAUAGGAACAACGGCGCCAUCUACGCCAGAUUCUGGGCUUUAUUCCGCCUCCCCUAGGAGUUCCAACAGCGGUAGGUCCAGAGGUUCAUCACCCAGUCCUAGGCCAACCUAUAGGAACAAGAGAUCUAGAAGAAAAAUCAGUAAUGAAAAAAUGUCUUCUCCUUCUGAAGAUUCCCUUGAUUCUUUCAGUUUUGAUGGCAAAGGGAAGUCAUCUUCGCCUCAAUUCUCCGAUUCAAGUUACAAGCUGGACCCUCAAAUGAGGGCCAAAGAAGCGACAGCACUUCUUGAUAUGGAAUUAGAUAAUAGACUGAGAAGGGCUCAACUGAUUGGAAAACCCUUAAACAAAAAACCAGGCAACACUCGUAUAAGACAGAAAUAUGUAAAAUUCACUUGGCAGCGAGGAAUUAAAGUGGGAGAAGGCAGAUUUGGUAAAGUUUAUACAGCAGUUAACAACAGCACUGGUGAAAUGAUGGCUGUCAAAGAGAUAGCAAUCCAACAUAACGAUAAUGUCAGCGUAGUGAGGGCUACAGACGAGAUGAAAGUAUUGGAGGGAAUCGCUCACAGGAAUCUUGUGAAAUAUUAUGGUAUUGAAAUUCACAGGGACGACAUGCUGAUAUUUAUGGAAUAUUGUCAAGAGGGCACCUUGGAAAAUAUGAUAGCAGCAUCAGUAUCUGGAUUAUCCGAAUUAAUAGUGCGAAGAUACACUUUUCAAUUGUUGUCUGGCCUUCAAUGUCUACAUGAGCAUGGUGUCGUACACAGGGAUAUUAAACCUGCAAAUAUCUUCAUGACUAAAGACUCGAACUGGUUGAAAAUUGGAGAUUUUGGAUGUGCUGCUAAGAUAAAAUCUCACACCACCGCUGUGGAGGAACUCAAAGGGCUUGUAGGAACACAAGCUUACAUGGCUCCAGAAGUAUUUGCAGGAGAACAAGGUCAUGGAAGGGCUGCUGAUAUUUGGUCCGUAGGAUGUGUUGUGGUUGAAAUGGCUUCAGGAAAGAGACCUUGGGCGCAGUUUGAAACCAACUACCAGAUUAUGUUCAAGGUUGGUAUGGGUAAUUCCCCUGAUCCACCAGAAGAUAUGAUUGAUGAGGGUCUUGACUUUUUGGAAUUAUGUUUUGAGUUUGACCCAAAACAAAGAGCUACAGCUCAAGACUUGAUGAACCAUGAUUAUGUCAAGGUUGGAGUUGAAGACCCAUAAGCCAUUGAAAUAUGUUUGCUAUAUAAAUAUAUAAAUGGAAGAUUCUCUUCCAGAAGUUGAUGAUUGAAUCAAUUAAGUCGACUGAAAAAUGGAUUCUGUACAACAUUCCAUUUCAGAUGCAAUGCUGAUAAAAAUUGCUUGAAUUUGAAAUGAAUUUUUCGAAAACUUCUCAAAUCAAUCAAUACAAAUUUCAUUCAAAAAUAGCAUCGAGAAAAGUCUGAAUCAUUUAUGUUCCUAAAUUGAUUGUACUUCAAGUUAUUGUUAUUUCUACAUGUAAUAUAUUUUAUUUGUAUAUUUGAAAAUUGUUAGAUCUCUUGUUUAUAUGUGAUAGUUUGUAUUUAUAUGUGAAAGAUAGAUGAGAGAGAUUGCAGUGUGCAAUGUAGUUUAGUUUUGUAUAGCUUUUAAUGAAUUGAAUGGGCAACUUAUUGUUCCAGACAAAAUAAAUAUUUUACAACAUUAAAUGAACUUGUUUAUCAUUA